UUUCGAUCCAGACAUGGCAGACCUCCGAACAGUCUCCAUUCCGGCCGAACAGGUGGCCAGCAGGCUGUCUGCCUGUCCGCUGCACCCGCCUGAUUGGUGUUUAUAUACAAACUGCAAGGCCCCUAAUCAACCCCUGGAUCUCUCUAGCACUUCAAUUUCGUCUCCGCAGGAUUUUCUCGACUAAAUCUUCGGUUUUACUUAAGCGAUUUGUCCUUCCCCUCUGGUUUGGGUAGCUACGCACACGACACGCACUCCCUAUAUGGCCGCUCCCCUCCCCAAUACUCCAUCCUCGCUCAUGAAUAAAGUCCUUCCGCGCUGUCGCAUCGGUUGAAUCCUCCCUCCCCAGUUGCAAUCAUGAUGGACGUUGGAUAUGAGGCCACCCCGCCGCCUUCCGCCGGGAAGGACUGGGUCAACUUCUGGAACUUCGUGGACCGGGCUCCUCCGUUGGAAGCCGAAUCGGUACCCCGCGAUAUCUUGGUGGUGGGCGCCGGCAUUGCGGGCAUUGCUGUGGCGCUGGCUCUCUCCAAGGAAUUGACUCCCUUUGUUCCUGAUCUCCGGAUUACCGUCUAUGAACGACAUGAUAUCCUUUCUACCUCGGGCGGUGCCAUCAACCUCACCCCUGUGGCUCAACGGCAUCUCGAUCGCCUUGGGGUCCUUGCUGAACUGGACAAGUUGGGACCGGAGUCAGGUACCGAUGUGGAUGCCAUUGAGCUGUUCUCCAGCCGGUCUGGCCGAUCCCUGGGUGGGAUUAAUUUCACCGACCAGAAUGGCAACGGAUUCGGCGGGUACAAGGGUCGCCGUGUGAUGCGGAUCAUCCUGUCGCUGGCCAUGUUGAAGGUGGUGGAACGCACGAAGAACGUCAAUGUGGUAUUUGGCAAGAAGCUGGUCCGCGGCAAGGAAACCAAGGACAAGGCAACCCUGUUGUUCCAGGAUGGCACCACUGCCACGGGCGACUUGGUGCUGGGGUGUGACGGGGUCCACUCCAACGUGCGCACCCAAUGGGUCGCUCCCGAGUCUCCGUCCGAGUACACGGGCAUCUCAUUCGUCCAGACCAUGAUUGACAGCAAAGAAGUCAAGACCCCCAUGCAUUUCCGCUCCACCUCCAUGAACAUCUCCCGUCACGGUUCCUUGCUGGCCAGUUAUUGCGAUCGGGACCACACUCAGAUCUUCAUGGCGGCUAUCGUGCAAUUCCGCGAGGAACUGCUCACCCAUUACAAGAUUGAACCAGGUCAGGACUGGCGCCGGACGGCGGCCAUCAAAGAUGCGCUGUGUCGCGAGAUGCAGGAUCGCUUUGGCCGAUCGGGCCUGGCGUCCAUCCGCGACCUGGUCACCAAGGCCGACGACUGGAUGUUGUAUCCGGUGUGGCAAGUCCGGCCGGGCGGACGCUGGUAUCGCAACCGAGUGUUGCUAUUAGGUGAUGCCGCGCAUGCAAUGCCUCCCCGCGAUGAAUCCGCCGCCUACGCCCUCGACGACGCCAUCCUCUUCUCCCGCAUUCUCUCCAAACACCGCUACGACCCGCUCCCGGUCAGCUUCAAAGCCUACGAAGAUCUCCGCCGCGGCACCGUCAACGCAGCCUUCCAAGUCUCCCGACGCAUGUGGGAAAAGAACCGCGACCUAGGCUUCUUGGAAGGUCGUCUCAAAGAAUGGACGAUGCCGAUGCAGGUGCGCAACGGGAAGGAAUCGCGCGAAGCGGCGUGGGAAUUCGAUGCCACCAAGGUGCCACUACCGGGGCCGGGCGACUCGACGUCGUCGUUGUAUUCGUCUGAACGGGAGUUCUUAUAGAGGAUUUGCAUGGAUGGUGUUCCGGAUGGUGGGUUGGGUUUGGGUCAUGAGCUAUGAUUUCUGGAGUGGGUUUCGGUUAUAUACAGUAUACAGUAUACAGCAUACGUAGUAUUGGUUUGACUUGUUGCUAUAGUUGACAUACAGUUGACAUUUCGGUU